AUUAGAUAUUAUCAUUAAAUAAUGGAAAAGAGGGAAAAGUUUGAUAUAAUGAUAAAGACCAAGGCCUCUCAAGAUCAGAUUGCCUCUUACUUGGUGAAGGCUGUAUUGGGCUUAAGAGAUAGAGAAAAUAAAAGUGAAUCAGUCAGGCUCUUUGGUGGAGGAUCUGCAAUUCCAAAUGUAAUUUUGGUUGCUGAAAUAAUUAGAGCUAGAUAUAAGGUAAGAAAUAAAUUAUAAUGAUAGGGAUUGAGUUCUAUUGUAACAUUAGAGAAUAUGGAGAAGGAAAUAAAUGAGAAUGGAUAAGUAAAUAAAAUAUCAAUCCCAGCAAUUAGAAUAAAAUUGACGUACUUAUUAUAUUUAUUAUAGAUGCAAACCAACUUAAGAAGAAUUAAAUUAAGCNUUUAUCCUCAAUUAAUUUCUAAAUUAAUCUAAUUUAUUAUUAAAUUCAUCUAAUCUUGAGGUUUUCAGUAAAGGAGUACUCAUUCUUUAAGGAUUUUGA